CAGCAGUAUAUAAACCCCUGCUGUGCCCUUUUUGCACAUAGUGAGUAUUGCUGGAAACUGAGAGCUAAAAUGGAGCUGUUCCAGUACUGCUUGUUACUUCUUCCUCUAGCAACUGUUGUGUGGACCACUCCAAUAAGAGACCAAAGUAAAAAUGUGUUCAGCUUCCUGAAUGAUGCACUCGACGAUGCUCCUGCUGAAAAGAUAUCGCCUGGAGAUUUCGCAGUGCACCGUCCAACCCCUACAAGUAAACCUAGACAAGAGGACAAUUCUGAAGAUAUCUCACAGAGAGCGUCCACAGAGAGUGGUCAGUCCCAUGAGUUCAUAGAUCCCGGUCUAUCUGCAAAAAACCUUGGGGGUGAAAGCAGAGAAAGCAGAGAUGCUUUACAAGAUACUAGCAGCCAAGAGACCAAGGUUCCACAUCCUGUGGGGAAAGCCGAGGCACCACCUGUUAAGAGGGCCCAGGUAGACACAGACACCAUGAUGUCCAUGGACAAGCCCAGCAGACAGGUUCCAGGCCACGGAAACAAAGAGCGGAGUGGUACUCACAGGGUCUUGGUGGAGACGGACACAGCACGUAGAGUACACAUUGAUUUUAAUAGUGAGGAGGGAGUGAUGGUAAACGGGCGGGGGGCUGACCAUAUUUCGAGAAGACAACAUACUGCAGUCAGUGGAGUCCAAGUGACUGAAAAGGCCAGCCAAGACAUCAGCCUGCAGAGUAAAGAGUGGCCAGGAGAUCGGUUCCUCAGCAGUGGAGAACAGCGAGAUCUGGACAGUGUGGAAGCUGCCGGCGGUAGACCUGCUGCAGCAGGUAACAGCAGAUAUGUAGACUAUGAUGAAACCAGAGAAUUCAUCAGUGUUGAGAAGUAUCCAGGUGCACAUGGUGCGUAAUUUGUCUGCACCCGAGCCACUGGGUGGAAUGAGACACCGGCUCCUCCCAGCAAACUUUGCAUCUGCUGAGAUCUCUCCCUCUACUAACCAAGGCCGAGGAGACGGCUCUCCGGCACGUCCACACAUUUUCUGUAACAGCACGAGGGGGAUUUUUUUCAUGCUUUGAUUAAUAAAUGUUAAC